AAUUUCCAAUGUGCUGCUCUGCAAUGUGACAGAUCGGGUGUCAUUUUGGUUUGUGGUCACAGAUUCUUCCAAAAAUGUGACAACUGUUCCUGGAAGUGAGGUAGAGGCAGCCAUCAGGAUGAACCGGAACAGAAUCAACAGUGCCUUCCUACUGAGUGACAAAACACUGCAGUUCCUGAAGAUAACCUCAACCUUAUCACCUCCCGUUGAACCCUCCACACCCGUCUGGCUUAUCGUAUUCGGUGUUGUUCUUUGUCUCACUGUGGCUGGAAUUGUUUUCCUUGUUGUUGGAGGGAUUCGGCAACGCAAGAAGUAA